GUACAAUUUUUUGUUAAGAAGAAUAAGAGAAAAAGUUGUUUUAUAUGAUACAUUCUACCAGUAUCCCAAGUUUGAAAGUGUUUCGUUAAGAAAACAAGUGGUGCCCAUCAAAUCAGAAGGAUCCAAGAUAGAUGGUUGGAUAACAUCCACGAGUUUGAUUGAUCUCGCUUGGGUAUCCAGUCAGAUCAAUUAGAGACGUUUACUUCUGGUUGGACUCGCUGGAAGGCAUAUUUGAAGACUCUGCUCCCAUGAAUCUUCCAGGAAUAAGUGAGCGAAGAAGAUGAGAUGAAAUAGCCAAGAAACCCCGAAAACAUUUGUGGACUCCGUCAAACUACGUUAAUCGACGUUGCAAUGUAGACUAUUACUUCAAUAGAGACUUAAGUAUACAGAACACCGUUUCCGGAUAUAAGAGACUGGCGCGUUUUGUUUACGCUUCUUUAUUUAAUAUUUUAUAUUAUCAUUCCAUACAUGCAGUCUGAUAUUCAAGGUCUUAUUUCCAAAUUGACAAACCAGGUUAAUGAAGGCAAUCGUGCUGCUUGUAAAAAAUGUGGUUAUGCUGGUCACCUGACAUUCCAGUGUCGAAAUUUCAUCAAAGCUGAUCCACGUAAAGAUGUGUUGCUGGAUGUUAGCAGUACAAGCUCAGAAUCCAGUGAGGAUACUCAGGAGUUCAUUUCACCACUUGUCCAGCUUAGGCAGUUUGAACAGGAAAAGAAGAGUAGCAAGAAAAAUUCCAAGAAAAAACACAUGAAAAACAAGAAAUCUAAGAAAAGUAAAAAGAAAAAAAAAAAGUUACUAUCACCAUCUUUGAAGAACAGUCACCGGAAAAGGAAAGCAGAUCACUUGUCUGAGUCAGAAGGCUCAUCCAGUAGAGAAAUGCCAAAGCAUAAAAGAAAGAAAAAAAAGCGUCGAAAAGAUCAGGAGAAAAGCGAUAAAAGAAUGGAUGGCUCCAAGAAAAUGGCAAAGUUAAUGGAAGAAAGACAGCAUUCUCCAUCAAGGAAGUAUUCCAGUGGUAAGGGUAGUAAUUCUAUGUCAGACACCACCGAUGUAGAUAUUUCUUCUGAGUCUGAAAGUGAACAGGAAGGUACUUGGUAUAAUCAACGUAACAUUAAGAUGGGUGCCGAGAAGAUACACUGCAAUCGGGAAAGGGACAGUUCUCCAUUAAUCAUUAAUCAGAAGUCUUCUCAUGGGCAAAAGCAUGUAAAAAGAACUGAAAAUUAUAAGAAUAAACCUCACCAAGAAAGACAGUCAAGUCUCUCUGAGAAACAUCAUCAAUGAUUCUGAUAUACGAUCAGAAUCAUUGUGAUUUUGAUGCUGUUAUGCAUCAAACACACUAUUUUGAUGUAGCUCAGGGGCAGAAACACAGCAACAACAGCUACAAAGAAGAUAAGUAUAUAAGAAAACCUUGUAAGUUAAAGCAUCAGAGCUCCUGUAGGAGAAAUUUGGGUCAGACAUUGAUCAACAUAGGCUGUACAUAUCUGAUGCUGCAAUACUGCAUCAAUUUGAUGAUUCUUCAUCAGAUUCGAACAGUUAGUUGCAUCCAAUCCAUCAUAAAAUGGGAAAAUGCAAAAGAUGUUACAGCUAAUAUUCCAAAUAAAAGAUACAUAAUCUCAUUAUGUCUUCGAAACAUUGGCCAUCAGAUAGUUCUUGUAGGAGAAAUACUUCUUUCAUAAACUCAUAUUUUAUAAUGACAUAUUAGUUAACAAUAAAAACAUUAAUUUUUUUUUUUGUAAUUUUCAAUGUAUAAUGCAUUUAUGGGAAACAAAGUAAAAAUAAAAAUCGAAGGCUUCUUAAAGUAUUUGUAAGGGCCAGCAUUAAGUGAAUGUGAAAUAAAUUUUACCUAGAUAUUACUGGUAAAAUUCCCUGAAGAUCUGGUACCUGUUUCACAUGAUAUAAGGGUCAGUAAGAAAAAGUGUAUUGAAAUAGUUAUUAUAGAAGAUUAACAACACAUUGAGGCUAGAUAUUUUACACAUAUUUAGAUAUAUCUCAUAUCUAUCUUUUGUGAAAAUUUCAAGUGAAUAGAAGAAAUAUUUCAUAAGUUAUGAGGAGAUAAACAAGCAAUCUUCCAAAUUGCAGCAGCCAAAAGUUAAGGGUUACUUAGAAAAAAUGAACUACUGACCGAGGUAUUUGUUGUUUAAAAGACUGUUAAUGGGCUAAUAGUUACUUCUUAUGAUCUUACAUCAUUGGAACAUUCAACUAUCAGCAUGGCGGCUUGUGAGAGACGACUGGUGUCCUGUGAUGAAAAACAAAGGUUUGUGUGCCUUCACCAAAAGGGCAAGUCAAAUUCUGUGAUAGCAACUACUGUAGGAAGGUCUAGAAGCGUUGUGCAACAGAUUAUAGCUCGUUUUAAGUCACCAGGAUCGACAGAUACUAAACCCAAAACUGGUAUAUCUCAUAAAGCUUCACCAAGGCAGGGUCAUAUUAUGGUUAGAAUGUCACUGAAGGAUAGCUUUAAGAAUGCUGCUGAGAUAACUUGCGAGUUUAGCUUCACUUCCGAUGUCAAUGUAUUGUGCUAAACAGUUUCUUAGAUGUUAUAAAGUUCUGGGUUACUUGCUUGGACACCGGUAAAGAAACCUCUGAUCUCCAAGAAGAAUCAAAGAGCCCAUCUUCGUUUUGCUCAUGAACGUGUCAUUUGGACAAAAGAACAGUGGUCGCAGGUUCAUUUUGGCAUGGGUGCCAGUUAACGAAUUUGGUUCAAUUUUCGAUUUCAAUUUCACUUGCCUCAACAGGUCUUCGCAAGCAGGGUUUUGUGUCCAAAGAAGGAAAGGUACACAUAAGUGGGCUGGCUACACCCCUGGUAAAGACCACGGGUUAUGGUCUCACUUGUCUUGCCAGGUCUUCUCACGCACAGCAUAUUUCCAAAGGUUUUGGUCCCUAGUCAUUGCCUCGGUGAGGCCUAAUGUUCGAAGGUCAUGCUUCACCACCUCAUCCCAGGUCUUCUUGGGUCUACCUCUUCCACAGGUUCCCUCAACUGAUAGGGUGUGGCAAAUUUUCAUAGAGCUAUUCUCAUUCAUUCGCAACAUGUGAUCACACCAGUGCAACCUUCUCUUUUGCACACCACAUCUGAUGCUUUUCUCUCAGGGCGCUUACACUCUGUCGUGUAUACACAGACAUUACACAUCCAUCAGAACAUACUGGCUUCAUUCCUUGCGAGCUUAGGCAUGUACUCAACAGUCACGGCCCAUGUUUCACUGUAGCAUGGCUGUUCGUACACAUGCGUCAUACAGUCUGCCUUUUACUCUGAGUGAGAGGAGCUUUGUCACCAGCAGAGGUAAGAACUCCCUGAACUUUGCCCAGGCUAUUCUUAUUCUAGCAGCUACACUUUCAGCCCACUACUGACUUGGUCACCUAGAUAACAGAAGCUAUCAACUACUUCUAGUUUUUCUCCUUGGAAUGUGGCAGAAGUUGUUCUCUGCACAUUUCCAGUGUUUAUUGCUCCUGAGCAUCUGCCACAUACAAAAAUUAUCUUCUUCCCAGUUAGCCUUCCUUUGAUAUUGCUGCACCUCUUAUGUGUCUAUAGCUUACACUGGGUACAUCUUAUGGAGUUUCUACCUACACCUUUUCUACAGAUCAAGCAGGGCCAUCUAUCUGAAGGGGUUUGUGGUUUAUAUCACCUUAUCAUCAUCGUCAUUUAACUGUCUUUUCUCGUGCUGGAAUAGGUUAGAGGAUUUGACAGGAGCUGGCAAACCAGAAGACUGCAUCAUGCUUCAUGAAAAACAGACGACAGAACAUAUACGAUAGAAAACAAAUGGAAGAAAACGGAGUAUAGAAAACAGUCGGUAGGAAACAGACGAUAGAAACUAUACAAUAGACGAAAAACUACACAAUAGAAAAUGGACGAUAGAAAACAGAAGAUAUAAAAUAGUCGAUAGAAAACAAUCAAUAGAAAAAUGAUGAUAGAAACUUGACAGAAAACACACGAUACAAACUAGACGAUAGAAACUACAUGAUAGAAUAUAGAUGUUAGAAACUGCACGAUAGAUAAUAGACGAUAGAAAAUAGAUGAUGGAAUAUAAACGAUGGAAAACAGAGGUUAGAAAACAGAUGAUAGGGAAGAGACGAUGGAAAAUACACUGGAAAAACUGCGAUAGACAAUAGACGAUGGAAAUUAGAUGAUAGAAAAGAGACAAUAGAAACGACAUGAUAGAAAAUAGAUGAUGGAAUAUAAACGAUGGAAAUCAGUUGUUUUCAGACUUGGAGACAGAUGAGCUCCACCAGGUUUAAAUACCUAAGACACACUAUAUCACAACAGCACUCUUGCAACUUUAUCAGCAGAUGACAGUCCAAGGCAAGGGAAGGCACUAGCUAUAAUAAAAUCACAAGCACAUUUAACUUUAACCCCUUUCCUUGUCCUGUGUAUCACACAUGAUACACAAGACAUAUUUCCCUGGUGUCCAGGCAUCAUAUAUAAAACACAUUCUAAAUUUUUUCAACCAUCAGAGUAACUUGGGACCUAUGAAAGGAAAAAAAAUUAUAUUACUCAGAACAUGUGAAACAAGAGCUAACUAAAAGUAUGAAAACAAGCAACAUGAAAGUUUAGGACAAGCAUCUGCUGGGUUGUCAAUGUUAGGAAGGGUAUCAUCAUCGUUUAACGUCCGCUUUCCAUGCUAGCAUGGGUUGGACGAUUUGACUGAGGACUGGUGAAACCAGAUGGCUACACCAGGCUCCAAUCUGAUUUGGCAGAGUUUCUACAGCUGGAUGCCCUUCCUAACGCCAACCACUCAGAGUGUAGUGGGUGCUUUUACAUGUCACCCGCACGAAGGCCAGUCAGGCGGUACUGGCAACGGCCAUGCUCAAAAUGGUGUAUUUUAUGUCAAAAACUAUGCCUAAAAAGGCACAGAAAUCUGGUGCAGGCUCCUGUCUAGCCAGCUCCUAUCAAACCAUCCAAUCCAUGCCAGCAUGGACAGUAGAUGUUAAACAAUGAUGAUGAUAAGCAAAGGGCUAAAAUCUAACAAUAGCUCAGUGGAGACUUUAUAAUACUCGGUACCUGCACAUUCUAUAUUUAAAUCAUAGCAGAAUUAUUAAACUUUUCAAACUGUAGUAAACUAUUUAGUUUUUUUUUCCUUCUUUAACUAAGUAUUCAUUUUUUUAAUAAUCUUUAAAAAGAAUGAAAAAAUAUGGAGACAUUCCUGAAGGUAUUGGUGGAAUAAAUGAAACAAAAUGACCUACAGUUGAAAUUCAAAUCAACCUAGUCUCACUCUGCCUAUAAUGUUCACCAAUAAAAAAAAUUCCUUAUAUUCUGUCUUUGUUUCUGAAAGAGAUUUCUCUUACUUGGAUUAAAGGCUUUUUAAAAAGAAACUGAAACAGUGACCAUUUAUAUUAAACAACUUUAUUUUCAGAAGUAUCAUCUGAAAAUGUGUAUUUCUAUGCUUAUGAAUGUGUGUUUGUGUUUGUAUAUGUGUGAGUAUGUGUAUGAGCAUGAUGAGUGUGUGUGUGUGUGUGUGUGUGUGUGUGUAAAAUUGGAUAGACAGAUUUCAGUGAUAUGUAAAGAUAAAUCAGUCAUCUGAAGGCAAUAUAUAAGGAUAAAAAGUCAAUCCUCUGAAACAAUGCAUUUUUUUUUCUUCUGAAAUAUAUGUUUCUCUUUUUCUCAUUGCGUUAAACUCCUGGAAAACACCUAAAAAAUGCAAAAAAGCCCAAACAUGGACGCUAUUUCCAACAAUUAGAGAAUGUUUUUUUUUUUAAAAAAUCAAAAAGAAAAAC